AUGGCGAAUGAAGAAGCUGAGGCGAAUUCGGAUAUAUUAACAGUUUAUCCCAAUCUCGUACUCUUUCUGCUCUUUGUUGGCUCUGACUAUUAUCUCCCAUUUGUCGGAUACAAGUCCAAUAUAGUUUCCAAAAAAUUUAUACCAAGUAGAGGAAUCUGGGCUUGGCUUAUUCAACUUGGUGACGGCAAAGGCAGUCACUCGAUUGAAGCAGUUCCUUUGAUGAGAGCUUUAUCAGAAGCCAAAGCCUAUGCAUCAAAGGACCAGGUUCUCCAUGGUAGACUUUUAUCACCUCAUAUCUUGAGAGACCACAUUCAAACAAAAGAAAAGCAAGUCAUGUUGAACGAAGCAAUGGGUUUCUCUGAUUUAACCCAAUUGCAUCAGCUACUCUCGGGUUCCUCCACAAACUCAGAACUUUUGCAAGAAGACACCACACAACUUUGGUGGGCAGGGAAGGAGCUCAUGAAGAGUAAAAGAUUAUGUGAUUAUGUUGGUGACAAUGAGAGAACUAAGAUCAUACUCAGAUUGCAGCCAUCUUGCAUAAGCUCUGCAUGAUGUUUGUAAAAAGAUUCUAAGGACAAAAAAACAACCAUAAAGGCAG